AUGAAUAAAGAUGAUGUUAUAAAUUUCUUAUAUCCCACAUCUGAAGAAGAAAAACCUAAAGAACCUGAUGUUUUCCCUGAAUAUUAUGAAGAACGGAUUAAAGAUGAUGAAUAUGAUGAAAUUGAAAGACUGGAAAAAAUAAGAGAUGAAAUAGAUGAAAAAAUUAAGGAAUUAAGAGAAGUUGAAAAAUAUAAUGAAAAUGAAGUAG